AUGCCGAAGGCCUUUAAUCAUGAACUUUCUAAACUUUUCAAUGAGAUGUGGGAUAUGGAUGUUAACCGCCUUAUGCCUGGGAAAGACUACACAAUUGAUUUGCAGGGAAAAGCAGGUGCUGCACAGCAAGGUGACAGGGCUGUCCAGGACAGCGCACCCAGACAUCUGUUUCACAACGUAAAUGAAGAACGUCUGAAGAGCAUAAAAACUUUUGCAACCUUCAUUUCCUUAUUGGACAACUAUGAGACAUCAACUGGUGUAGCAGAAGUAGUGACUCCAGAAGAAAUCGCUGAAAACAAUUGUUUUCUUGAUGCUAUCUUAGCAACAGAAGUCAUGAAACUAGCUCAUGAAUAUCUGCUUAAAAAAAACCUAGCAAAGCCAAACCUUGACGAUUUUAAACGUCAGCUCUAUGACAUCUGGUUCCAGCUCUAUGCCAGGAAAGAAGGAGACAGACCUGAUUCUUGUGGCUUUGAACAUGUUUUUGUUGGAGAAACAAGGCGUGGUAAACAGAUCUUAGGUUUGCAUAACUGGGUGCAAUUUUACCUUCAGGAAAAACGCAACCAAAUUGACUACAAGGGAUAUGUCGCUCGCAAGAACACAACCAGGCCUGACAAAGAUGACCAAGUUUUGAGCAUCCAGUUCAGCUGGAAGGGCUCAGUCAAGCCAAUUGGAAGCACCUUUAUUGGUGUCAGCCCAGAGUUUGAAUUUGCCCUUUAUACUGUCGUUUUCCUGCUGGAUGAAGAAAAAGUCACACAUGAAAGAGUAAAGAUAGAGGAAUAUGAGCUACAGAUAGUUGUUUGCCGCCAUGGGCACCACAUUGGAACAGCAUAUCCGGUACUCCUCAGCACCAGUAGUGAAGACUAG